AAUCCCCGCCCCCCAAGUCCUUGGAAACACUUCACACAGCUAUAAAACUGGAUGUGGCUGGGGUGGUCCUCAAAGCGGAAAAGACCGGAGUUCGAGCAAAAGUAGCACAAUGGAGUUUUUCACAUUAGCGCUGUUUACACUGUUCUCAUCGUUUUGCAACGUUUUAGCGUUGUCACCAAAAGCCGUGCCGUGUCUCCUUCAAGUGGACGAAGGACCUUGCAGAGCAGAUAUUGAGCGUUACUACUACAACUCUAUCACCCAAAAGUGCGAGAUUUUCUACUAUGGAGGUUGCCAAGGGAAUUCCAAUAACUUCCGGAGCUAUCAAGAGUGCCAGAAAACAUGUUUCAGAAUCCCAAAGGUUCCCCAAAUCUGCAGGUUCCCUAAAGAGGAGGGACCUUGCCGGGCCCUCUUCAGCAGCUAUUUCUUCAACAUGACCACCAUGCAGUGUGAGCACUUUUAUUACGGUGGCUGCCAGGGCAAUUCAAAUCGCUUCAAAGACCUUACAUCUUGCAAGGAGUACUGCAGUCCACGAAAAACCGUUCCUGUGCUCUGCCUGGACCCUCUGGACAACGGCAGCUGCUCAGCCUCCAUUCCUCGGUUUUAUUACAACACCGCCACCAAGAUGUGUGAGGAGUUCAUCUACUCAGGCUGCGGAGGGAGCAGCAACAACUUUGUCACGAGGCAGAGCUGCAUGAAUGUGUGUGCUAGAGGAGGCAAGAAAAACAAACCUCGUCGAAUGAGACGGAAUAGAAAUAAUCACAUCACUUUCCUGCAGGCGUAGACAUCUGACGCUCGGGGACUCAAUCGGACUAGCCCUUAAUGGAAACUAACAUUUUUUAAACUUACUUUUUUCUAAUGCCAAAAUGACGACCAGCUCUUCUUUGUUGGGACCAGAAGAGUUGUAGUGGCACAUUUCCACUGUAUUUGUAUGUAAUGCUUUAUGAGCAAUUUCAAAUGUGAUUUUGAUGAAGGUUGUUACUACUGCACUUAUGUUCCUGAUUUUGUAUUUUGAUACUGUAUGUAUUUUAUGUAUGUUUUGUAAUGUAAUACAUUAUGACGAUGAACAUUUAUUGUUUUAUAAGCACAUUUUUUGAUAAAGAUAUACAGAUUUUUAUGAAA